AUGCCGGCCCUGCUGCUGCUGCUGCCGCUGCUGCUCCCUGCCCCCGACGCUGCCACCACUGCAGGGCAGGGCACAGGGGCCAGCCUGCUGCCGUCACUGGAGCCUGGGAGCCACCUAGGUGUGUGCCCUAACCAGCUCAACCCCCACCUGUGGGUGGAUGCCCAGAGCACCUGUGAAAGAGAGUGCCUGGAAGACCAGGACUGCGCAGGCCCUGAGCGCUGCUGCCCCAACGUGUGCGGUCUGCGGAGCUGCGUGGCAGCGCGCUUCGGUCCCGGGGACCCCACAGCACCAGCCGCCGCCUCGUGCGAGGGCUUCGUGUGCGCGCAGCAGGGCUCCGACUGCGACAUCUGGGACGGGCAGCCCGUGUGCCGCUGCCGCGAACGCUGCGGCAAGGAGCCCAGCUUCACCUGCGCCUCGGACGGCCUCACCUACUACAACCGCUGCUACCUAGACGCUGUGGCUGUGGGGGGCACUGCCAGCCUGCACUGCGACGUCAGCGGGCGCCCCCCGCCCGCCAUCACCUGGGAGCGACAGAGCGAGCAACCUGAGAACCUGAUCCUGCGCCCCGACCAGAUGUACGGCAACGUGGUGGUCACCAGCAUUGGGCAGCUAGUACUGUACAACGCGCGGCCUGAGGACGCUGGGCUCUACACUUGCACAGCCCGCAACGCCGCGGGCCUGCUGCGCGCCGACUUCCCGCUCUCGGUGGUGCAGCGGGGUGCGCCAGCCCAGGGCCUCCUGCGCAAGCCCCCAGAGCCCUCGCCGGCCCCAUGCGAUCCCGCGCCUGCAGCGCAGCCCUGCGCGGGUCCUGCCACCCUGCGCCUGCUGUGGCGUUUUGACCCGCAGCGCGGCAGCUGUGCCACCUUUGGGGCCAGUGGCUGCGACGAAGGGGAGAGAGGAGGCUUCGAAACGUAUGAGGCAUGCCAGCAAGCCUGCGUGGCCGGCCCUGGCGACGCCUGCGUGCUGCCGGCCGUGCGGGGCCCGUGCCCGGGCCGGGAGCCUCGCUGGGCCUACAGCCCGCUGCUGCACCAGUGCCACCCAUUCGUAUACGGCGGCUGCGAGGGCAAUGGCAACAAUUUCGAGAGCCGCGAGGCCUGCGAGGAUGCCUGCCCUGUGCCACGCACUCCGCCCUGCCGCGCCUGCCGCCUCCGGAGCCGGCUGGCGCUGAGCCUGUGCCGCAGUGACUUCGCCAUUGUGGGGCGGCUCACCGAGGUGCUCCAGGAGCCUGAGGCAGCUGGGGGCGGUGGCAUCGCCCGCGUGGCGCUGGACGACGUCCUCAAAGACGACAAGAUGGGCCUGCAGUUCUUCGGUACGAGAUACCUGGAGGUGACGCUGCUGGGCAUGGACUGGGCCUGCCCGUGCCCCAAUGUGACAGCUGGCGACGGACCACUGGUUAUUAUGGGCGAAGUCCGGGACGGAGUGGCUGUGCUGGAUGCUGGCAGCUACGUGCGCGCCGCCAGCGAGAAAAGGGUUCGGAAAAUCAUAGAGCUAAUGGAGAAGAAGGCCUGCGAGCUGCUUAACCGCUUCCAGGACUAGCCCCAGCCCAGUCCAGGCCCUAGCCUUAGCCCUAGGCGGGCUCCAGCCCCAAGUGCACCCCUCGGCUGG